AUGUUAGCUAUUCUGAUUUUUCUUAUUUUGGAGAUAAUAUAUGUUGAAAAUCUGAAAAAAAAACCCUUUUAUUUAAAAAAUAAUGAUUUUCAAUAUAUGACAAAAAGUUUUAACAAAAAUGGACAUGUAAAAGCAUAUUUAUCAGAUUUAAAAACUAAUAAUGUCAAAGUAAGCAAUAUUCUAAAUGACAACUCAUAUGAAGAAGCUUAUAAAAUAAUUUAUGAUAAAUUGGAAUUAUUAAAAAAAGAAAAUAGUGACAAUAUAGAUAACAUUAAUACAUUUGAGGGUUUUUUAGAAAAAUAUAAAGAAGAGAUUAAAAAAUAUAAAUCAUGCUCACCACAAGUAUUUUUGGAGAUAUUUUUAAAAUAUAUUGAGGUAUUUAAAAAAUAUAGAUAUUAUUCUUUUCCCAAUGUUCACAAAUAUGAUGAGAGCUUGUAUGAAUGGUCAUUAAAAUUUUGGUCUCAAUUAAUAGAUGAAAAAAAUUCUAAAUUUAUGGGUAUUGAAAAUAUUAAAAAAAUAGAAAAAUGGAAAGAAGAAGGCCAUAAUACAAUUAUAUUUGGAAAUCAUCAUAUAGAAGCAGAUGCAAAUAUAAUAAAAUAUUUUUUUGAUAUUCAUGGUUCUCAAAAUAUUUCAAGAAAUAUGAUUUUUAUUGGUGGCCAUAAGAUAAGAGUAGAUCCUCUAUCUAGACCUUUUAGUGUUGCGGCUAAUUUACUUUGUAUUUAUUCUAAAAAGUACAUUGAAAACCCUCCUCAUUUAAAAGAGGAAAAAAUUUUAUUUAAUCACAAAUCUCUGAAUGCUUUAAAAAAUUUACUUAAUGAAGGCAAACAGAUUAUAUGGUUAGCACCAAGUGGGGGAAGGGAUAGGAAAAGUUCUGACGGUAAUAUUAAAAUUUCUCCUUUUGAUCCAAAGAUAAUACAAACAUUUAAUAUUUUUGCAAAAAGAUCAAAAGUAAAAACUCAUUUCGUAGGAUUAGCAUUAUAUACAUACAAUAUAUGCCCUCCACCAAACACAAUUGAUAUUGACGAAAUUGAGAAAACAAGAUCAUGCUCUUACACUUCUGUGAGUUUAAAUUUAGGAGAAGAUCUUUUUGAUGUAUAUCCUAACAUGAAGGACGAAGAAAUAACCACAAAUCUAUAUAAUUAUGUUAACAAAUUAUAUAACCAAAUACGAUAA